GGAUGAAGGUCUGUCAGUGUCAUUGUCAUGCCUUGCUUGAUAUACUUGAAUUUAUAUUAGAUUUAGAGUAAGGCACAGUGUGGUUACCAUUGUUGAGAUAUUAAUGAAAAACAUGACUCACAGGAUAUUAGAACUAUACAGUGGUAUUGGAGGCAUGCAUAAUGCAUGGCAAGAUUCUGGUAUACCAGGGACGAUAGUCGCCGCAGUUGAUAUAAAUACCGUUGCUAACGAUGUCUACAAACACAACUUCCCUGAGACUAAUCUUCUGAACCGGAAUAUCCAAUCUAUCAAACCAGAAGAAAUAAAGAAAAUGAACAUAAAUAUGAUACUUAUGUCUCCGCCUUGUCAACCUUUCACUAGAAACGGGAAGUUCCUGGACAAAAAUGAUCCAAGAACUAACUCAUUUACUUACUUACUUGAUAUACUGGGCCAGUUGGAUAAUGUGGAGUACAUCUUAAUGGAAAAUGUAAAAGGGUUUGAAUGUUCGGCUGUCAGGGAUUUAUUUAUAGAGAAGUUACAGGAAUGCCAAUUCGUAUAUCAAGAAUUCCUUGUCUGUCCAUCUACUGUGGGAGUGCCCAAUUCCAGACUUAGGUAUUAUUGUUUAGCAAGGCGGAACUCUACUUGGAAUUUCAAAAGAAGGGAUGAAAUAAUGAACAGACUUCCAAAAGAUUAUGACAACCCAUUUAUGCUUAGCGAAGUACUUGAAGAAAAUGUACCAGAGAGGUACUUGAUACCCGACAAGUUCCUAAAAAGGGCCAACAUCUUCGAUAUAUGCUACAAAAAUUCCAGAAGGUCCUGCUGCUUCACAAAAGCAUACACACACUAUGUUGAAGGCACAGGUUCUGUAUUCACGGAUGCAAGUCCAGAAACAGUGGAUAAACACUACAAAGAGGCAAAUACUUAUGAAGUUGGCAGCACUGAUUUUGUCACCUCCCUAAAAGACCUUAAGCUAAGGUUCUUUACUCCUAAAGAAGUGUCACAGCUCAUGGCUUUUCCUAAAAGUUACGAGUUCCCAAAAACCAUAUCAAUAAAACAAUGCUACAGAUUAUUAGGUAAUAGUGUGAAUGUCAAAGUGAUAUCAGAGUUAUUAAAAAUAUUAGUAGAUUGA